AUGGAGCACAAGGGGCACAACGAACAAGAGGACGAUGUGUACGGCGGCGAAGUACCUGAAGAAGCAUACAUGGAUGCCGAUUUUGACGCCGAAGCCGAGGUCGAUGCGGAUGAGGAUUUGAAAGCUAAGGAAUUGGAAAGUAUGAAGAAGAGGUUGCAGGAGAUUGAAGAAGAAGCUGGCGCGCUUCGAGAAAUGCAGGCCAAGGUGGAGAAAGAGAUGGGUGCUGCUCAAGAAGAUUUAACUGGUGACUCUGCUACUCAGGCAGAAAAGGAGGAGGUGGAUUCCCGCUCAAUAUAUGUUGGUAAUGUGGACUAUGGCUGCACACCUGAGGAGGUGCAACAGCAUUUUCAGUCAUGUGGUACGGUAAAUAGGGUGACUAUUUUGACCGAUAAGUUCGGCCAGCCGAAAGGUUUUGCUUAUGUAGAGUUUGUCGAAACUGAGGCUGUGCAAAAUGCUGUACUUUUAAAUGAAUCUGAGUUGCAUGGCCGUCAACUGAAGGUAUCUGCUAAGCGUACUAAUGUUCCUGGGAUGAAACAAUAUCGAGGAAGACGUCCCAACCCUUAUUUUGGAUCGAGAAGGAUGUUCAUGCCCGUUUCACCUGUCUACCCUCCCUAUGGUUAUGGGAGGGUUCCAAGGUUUAGGCGUCCUAUGCGCUACAGGCCAUAUUGA